AUGGCCCCAAAGCGCGCGCUCUUCUCACUCAACCUUGACUCCAACGCCGAUCAUAUCUACCAGCGAGUCGAAGACCACAACAAGGAAGGCAAAGACAAAGUCAAGGUCCUUGAGAGCUCAGGACCUACCGUCGGAAAUACCAGCCUGUCCAUCAUAACGAAGCCAUUUGAACAGGCGGUUAAUCGCACGGUCGAAAGCUUCAUCGACGAAACUGGGAAGGAAGUACACAGUGCAGAGGGAGAAGUACACACCUCCGUCUGUAAAUCAGAGAAGGGAACAUCCACUCGAACGGUAAAAGCCAAGAAGUCGGGCAAGAGGAUCGAAGACCAGUACGACACUAGCGACCUCUAA